UUCAGGCUUUAAAGAAUGCGUUCCAGAAGCAGUGACACAGAGGGCUCAGCCCCAAAGCAGUUUCCAAGACAUAGUAAAGGCCAUGGUUUCCAAGGGCCUGAGGACAUGAAGCAGAGGCAGCAAGACAAAGACCCCACCAGUGAGUCGGAGGCAAUUCUUCCCUGUCCUAAGUCACACGGUGGUAUCGGUCACCAAGGAGAGGACCUCUCAAGAGAUGAUCUAUUAUUUCUUCUGAGCAUUCUGGAAGGAGAACUACAGGCUCGAGAUGAAGUCAUAGGCAUUUUAAAGGCUGAAAAAAUGGACUUGGCUUUGCUGGAAGCUCAGUAUGGGUUUGUCACUCCAAAAAAGGUGUUAGAGGCUCUCCAGCGAGAUGCUUUUCAAGCAAAAUCUGCCCCUUGGCAGGAGGACAUCUAUGAAAAACCAAUGAAUGAGUUGGACAAAGUCAUGGAAAAACAUAAAGAAUCUCAUAGACGAAUCCUGGAACAGCUUUUAAUGGCAGAAAAAUCUCACAGGCAAACCAUAUUGGAGUUGGAGGAAGAAAAGAGAAAACAUAAAGAAUACAUGGAGAAGAGUGAUGAAUUCAUAAGCUUACUAGAACAGGAAUGUGAAAGAUUAAAGAAGCUAAUUGACCAAGAAACUGAGUCCCAGGAGAAGAAGGAGCAGGAAAAGGAAAAGAAGGUCACCGCCCUGAAAGUGGAGCUGACCAAACUGAAGUCUUUUGCUUUGAUGGUGGUGGACGAACAACAAAGGCUGACGGCACAGCUUGCCCUUCAAAGACAGAAAAUCCAAGACCUAACCACAAGUGUGAAGGAAACACAUGCUAAACUAGUCCUCACUGAAACCAGAGUUCAGGAAGAAGAGCAGAAGGCGACCAGACUAGAGAAAGAACUGCAAACACAAACCACAAGGUUUCACCAGAACCAAGAAACAAUUAUGGCAAAGCUCACCAAUGAGGACAGCCAAAAUCGCCAGCUUCGACAAAAAUUGGCAGCACUCAGCCGGCAAAUCGAUGAAUUAGAGGACAACAGGUCUUUACGAAAAGCAGAAGAGGAGCUACAAGAUAUAAAAGAAAAAAUUAACAAGGGAGAAUAUGGAAACUGUGGUAUCAUGGCUGAGGUAGAGGAGCUCAGAAAACGUGUGCUAGAAAUGGAAGGGAAGGAUGAAGAACUCAUAAAAAUGGAGGAGCAGUGCAGAGAUCUCAAUAAGAGGCUCGAAAAGGAAACAUCACAGAGUAAAGACUUUAAACUUGAGGUUGAAAAACUCAAUAAAAGGAUUAUGGCUUUGGAAAGAUUAGAAGAUGCCUUCAACAAGAGCAAACAAGAAUGUUAUUCCCUGAAAUGCAAUUUAGAAAAAGAAAGGAUGACCACAAAGCAGUUGUCACAAGAACUGGAGAGUUUAAAAGUAAGGAUCAAAGAGCUAGAAGUCAUUGAAAGUCGGCUGGAAAAGACAGAAUUUACCCUAAAAGAGGACUUAACUAAAUUGAAAACGUUAACUGUGAUGCUGGUAGAUGAAAGAAAAACAAUGAGUGAAAAAUUAAAGCAAACUGAAGAUAAGUUGCAAGCUGCUUCUUCUCAGCUUCAAAUGCAGCAAAAUAAAGUGACGACGGUUACCGAGAAGUUAAUUGAGGAAACAAAGGCACUAAAGUCCAAAACUGACGUGGAAGAAAAAAUGUACAGUGUCACCAAGGAGAGAGAUGAUCUAAAAAACAAACUGAAAGCAGAAGAAGAGAAAGGAAAUGAUCUCCUGUCCAAAGUUAAUAUGUUGAAAAAUAGGCUUCAAUCAUUGGAAGCAAUUGAGAAAGAUUUCCUAAAAAACAAAUUAAAUCAAGAUUCUAGUAAGUCCACCACAGCAUUACACCAAGAAAACAAUAAGAUUAAAGAGCUCUCUCAAGAAGUGGAAAGACUGAGACUGAAGUUAAAGGAUAUGAAAGCCAUUGAGGAUGACCUUAUGAAAACAGAAGAUGAGUACGAGACUCUAGAACGUAGGUAUGCUACUGAACGAGAUAAAGCUCAAUUAUCUGAAGAGCUGGAACGAGUUAAAAUGGAACUUGACAAGUACAAGUUAGCAGAAAAGACACAGUCCAGCCAUGAACAAUGGCUUUUCAAAAGGCUUCAAGAAGAAGAAGCUAAGUCGGGACACCUCUCAAGAGAAGUAGAUGCAUUGAAAGAGAAAAUUCAUGAAUACAUGGCAACUGAGGACCUGAUAUGUCAUCUCCAGGGAGAUCAUUCAGUUCUGCAAAAGAAACUCCAUCAACAAGAAAACAGGAACAGAGAUUUAGGAAGAGAGAUUGAAAACCUCAAAGAGUUAGAGAGGUAUCGGCAUUUCAGUAAGAGCCUCCGGCCUAGCCUCAAUGGAAGAAUCAUCUCUGACCCUCAAGUAUUUUCUAAAGAAGUUCAGACAGAAGUAGUAGACAAUGAGCCACCCGAUUACAAGAGUCUCAUUCCUCUGGAACGAGCAGUCAUCAAUGGUCAGUUAUAUGAGGAGAGUGAGGGCCAGGAUGAGGACCCUAAUGAUGAGGAAUCAGUGCUGUCCUUCAAAUGCAAUUCAUCUACCCCCUGUCCUGUUAACAGGAAACUAUGGAUUCUGAUGAAAUCUAAGGAGGGCCAUCCUCAGAAUGGAAAAAUACAAACUAAACCCAAUGGCAACUUCAUGCAACCUGGAGAUCUAGUCCUAAGCCACACACCUGGGCAGCCACUUCAUAUAAAGGUUACUCCAGACCAUGUCCAAAACACAGCCACUCUUGAAAUCACAAGUCCAACCACAGAGAGUCCUCACUCUUACACAAGCACUGCAGUGAUUCCAAACUGUGGCACCCCAAAGCAAAGGAUAACCAUCCUCCAAAAUGCCUCCAUAACACCGGUGAAAUCCAAAACUUCUGCUGAAGGCCUCAUGAACUUAGAGCGCAUGUCCCCAAUUACCAUGGCAACCUUUGCCAGAGCGCAGACCCCAGAGUCUUGUGGUUCUAUAACUCCAGAAAGGACAAUGUCACCUAUUCAGGUUUUGGCCGUGACUGGUUCAGCAGGCUCUCCUGAGCAGGGACGUUCCCCAGAGCCGAUAGAAAUCAGUGCCAAGCAUGCGAUUUUCAGAGUCUCUCCUGACCGGCAGUCAUCAUGGCAGUUUCAACGUUCAAACAGCAACAGUUCAAGUGUGAUAACUACUGAGGAUAAUAAAAUCCACAUUCACUUAGGAAGUCCUUACAUGCAAGCUGUGGCCAGCCCCGUGAGACCUGCCAGCCCUUCAACACCACCACAGGAUAACCGAAACUCAAGGCUAACUAAUGGGGCACUAAACAAAACAACCAAUAAAGUCACCAGCAGUAUUACUAUCACACCAACAGCCACAACUCUUCCUCGACAAUCACAAAUUACAGUAAGUAAUAUAUAUAACUGACGACUCUCACCCUCAUCCAGUCCAUAGUGAUAUUAUUGCAAGGAACUCCGUCCUUUUUAAUUAUCCCUCCACAUCCCCCAAAAGACUGACUGAACUUGUACUUUGGGAAGGUUUGUGCAUGAACUAUCCAAGAGUAUCUGAAACUAACUAAGUGUUGCCUGCAUAGUCCUAUCAAGUGUGCACUUACUGUAUAUCUUUUCAUUUACAUACCUGUAUGGAAAAUAUUUACUCUGCACUUGUAUAAAUACAUCUUUAUGUAUUUCAUUUUCCAUAACUCACAUUAAUUUGACUGCAACUUGUCUUGAUGAAAUACUUUAACAUUUUAAAGCAGUAAAUAAUUUGUUAUUUUUACCAUU